AUGGCGGCUGAGUGGGUGGGGAGUGGGAAGACGGCGUGCCACCUCAUCCUGCUCUGCAGCGAGAGCCCUCUCUUCGACCUCCACGUGCUGGCUGCCAUCCUUGCCCACGGGCUGACGCUGGCACUGCCACCGCCGCCUUCAGAGGCAGCCGACGCGGCAUCGCCGUCGCCGUCGCCAUCGCCAUCGGCGGGGGAACACGAUGCGGAAAAGGGGCUCGUCGAUGCCGUCCUGGCGGCACUCCAGGCGUCCGUCGGGGGAUCUCCCGAUUUGGGCGCGACCGCCUCCAGUGCCGCCGUGCCGAGUCCCGUCGCCGGCGCAAAAGGCGGCAAGGCCUCAAAGGGCGCCAAGAAGGCCAUGGCCGCGGCGGCGGCAGCCACGUCGGCAAGCGGUGGGGCCGGCUCUCCGGCUGAAGUCUCCAAGAGCCUGACGGGCGACGGCACGCAGCGGUCGCGGGGGGGGUGGUACAGUGUGGUGGAGGGCCCGCAGUGGGAGGCCCCGGUUGUGUUUAUCCAUCAGCUGUCAGAGCUGGAGCGAUGCGAGGGGGGCGAGGCCACAGGCUCGACGCACACGAGCCCGCGCGAGGGUCCCGCCGACGUCACCGCGAUGGUACAACGGGCCCUGCGCCUGAUCGCCGAGGAGAUGGAGGCCCCCACGAGCGCGAGUAAAGACGCCUGCGCCGGGGCGUUGCCGUCCGACGGCGGUGCCCCUGGCGAACAACCGCAGCGUGGGCCACAACCCAGCGAAAGGCCGCAGGUGCACAGCAGGGAAAUUCCCGUGGUGCUCGCGCUGCACGACUACCGGGCCCUCCCCGCACUUAUGGCGCGGCGAACGUCUCCGACCAACCCUAUUGAUAUACGUCUCAUCGUGCAGUUUGUGGAUGGACGACCCGCUGGGGUGGCGGGGGCGGCAGGUGUGGGAGGCCCGAGUGGGCGUUCUCGUGCCGCCGCUUCUGGCAAGCGCAGGGCCUCGCGUGAGGGUCCCAAUUCCGGUUUGACAGCGGGCGCGAACGACGCUGAUGGGGGCAAUGCCCCCACAGACGCCGUCAACACACUCGAAGCGUGGAUUGAGCGGCAGCAGCGGGAGGGAGCGAUCAAAGUGGUGACGUCGCCUGCCGGGGGCGCCCUUGGCUCCGGUGUGGUGUGCCUGCGGGAUGUGUUUGAGGACGGCGGGGACGACAAGGCCGUGUGGGUGCGACAUUGCGUGCACACGGUGCUGCCGACGAUGCAGCACGUGGUGCGCGACAUCGCCCGGUACGCGGAGCUGAUUGCCGCGAAAAAGGUGUAUCGCCUUCCCUCCUCCCGAGCGACGCCACCGCCGCGCAUGGGUUUCCCGACACCGCAGGAGGAGAACUCCGUCGUGAAUGAGGCCACCGUGGAGCCGUCGGUGAUGUUGCGGACGCGGGAACACACCUCAACGGCUUUCCCGUCCCUGGCGUCCGCCGUGCUGACGACCGCGACGUGGACGAAGACGCUGGGACUCGAUGAGGGUGCCUCGAAGCGCUUGCUCACGAGUGACACGACGCCUCUGCCCUGGUCCACGGCCAGCUUUCUGCGUGGGGAGGAGGAGAAGUGGUCGUACUACGUUCGAGAACGGAAAGUCCGGGGGCAGUGGACGUGCCUCUCCGCCGCGUGCGCCCUCGCCGCGCAGGUGACCGUUUCACUGGCGCGACGGCAGCAGCCGCGAGUGGUGUGCCCCGCAGAGGAGGAGGAGGAGGGCAACACCACCUUGCUGGAGGUGAUGAAUGAGCAGGAUGGGGCUUCCCCCGCAGGCAACGUCAACGACGGCACUGGGACCUCGCUGUUGCGGCAACUUCGUCAGUACGCUUCCAAGCGCACGGUCUUGGGGCAAUUGGACAUGAAUACUGAAGCGGAAACUGCUGCCGCGCAAGCCACCGCGGAAGAAGCUGGGAAGCCAAUUCCUCCGGUAGAGGCUCCAGGCAGGGCUUCGCCACUCCUCUUUCCCGCGCCCGGGGAGUUGGAGCAGACCCAGUUUAACACGACGGCAACGCUGCCGAUGGAUCACACGAUGGACCGCCCAACAAACCCUCCAAGCCCGGAGGAGAUCCGGUGGGUGACGCAGCAGUUCGUUAAACGGGGGAUUGGCGCCGUUGUCACCCCGCCUGUGGAGGCACUGCGGGACGACUCCCCCCUCAUGCUUUCGCCGGAGCAACUGCGGGCCGCGAUGAAGUUGCAGGGGUUGCUGGAGGAGACGUUAAACGGAUACGCGUUGGGCGAUGGGGAGGACGCGAUGGACGCACAUUUGCUGCAACUCAUUGAGGAGGACUUUCGGCGCGCCAGCGAGACAAUUGACUGUGGCUGGACGCAGGUGUGGGACGACAUCACAGUCGCCGUCGGUCUCACCCCGCUGGAUGAAAAGUUUCAGCGCUCGGUGGAGCGUCGCUUGACGGCGCGUGAGCGAAGGCACAUCCUGCAGCAGACGUAUCUGAUGCAGCUCGCGGAGCAGGCGCAGAUGACAGGCAUGGCGGGCACCGCCAACGCGGCCUUCGCAUCAACGCGCGGUGAGUGGAUGGCACUGAUGCAUCCAACGGCGCGGACUGAGGCGGUGGGCCCAAGACUGUGGUCAGUGGAGGAGUGCAUGACGAUGCCCGUGGCGGUCCGUCGCAUGUACGAGUUUCAGUCACGCUUUGGCUCACACCUCUGCCGCCUGGUACGUUGCCCCAUACCCGACCCGUUGGAGGCGCUAGAUGGAAACCUCACCGCACUCUAUUCCAUCCAUGCCGAGAAUGUGCAUUCGCGGAAGCGGGUGCGGGCGAUGAUGUUGGGCGGGGUGCCCAUUCCGCUCGAACGGCAGGCGCGGCGCGUGUGGUGCCACUACGUUGCCGGCGUCCCCACCCUCGACCAGCUGAACGAGCUCAGUGCCUCGCAGGCCGCGGCGGAGACCCACGCGGCUUCCCCGUCCGCAGCUCCUGCUUGCGGUCCCGCGGCGAAGACAACCUCCACCACCGCCUUUGGAGUUUGCAUUGGAGAGUUGCUGCGUCAGCAGCUGCUGCGGCGUCUGCAGAGGGCACCGCAGCUGCUGCUGCUCACGCCGCUGGAGAGGAAAGGGCGAACGGGCGGUGUGUGCCGCUCUGAGGGGGAGCUGCAGACGGUGCUGGAGGGUCGUCACGCCUUGUACCCCUUUGAAAACAGCGUGGUCGAGGUGGUCACCACCGACCGCGGCCGCAUGUGCCGCUACGUGAAACCCAGCGAGUUAACCUGCACGCUGCACUACGGCAUUGCGCCACCGUCGCCGCAACCCAGUGCGGCUACUGGAAGUGUUGCUGGUGGAAACGCAGGUGCCUCGGCGGUGACGUCGCCACACUUGGCACGCAAACCGCCGUGUGACGAGGUUGUCUACUUCACGACCACAUUUGAUGACGGGGUGGUACUCACCUGCAGCCCGCACUGGGCCACACCCGCGGAGCCCGUGAAUUCCGGCGUCGCCGCUGAGAAGGAGCCGGUUGCCAACACCAGCGCGACCUCCAUGAAGAGCGCCACCCCACGCCGUGGGAGGGCAGCAAACCGUGGCGCUAAGCGAGGCGCGAACACCUCGACUGUGUUGGCGGACGACAACCACGCGGGGGGGCGGCGGGGAGCUGGCGCGGGGAGGCAUAGCCGACGCGGCGGCGGCGACGACGCCGACUCGCGGACCGCGGCGCCCGAGCGGUCGUUGCGCGUGGAGGAGGCAACGCGUGUUUUUCCUGUCGCCCCGGAGGGCUCUGUCUUGUUGUGGACCGCAGGCCCCGAGGUGGCGUCUAGCGAGGACGCGAAUGCGAAUGCCCCUGCCGCGGCGCCAGCAGCUGCCGGUGCAGGAGAGCCCCGCAAGAUUCCUAGCCUGGCGGUGACUGUGGCCGCCAACGGCGUCACGCUGCACUGCGAGGAGGAGGAGGGGGUUUUGUGGAUCACGCAGCAUGAGUCUAGAGACUGCCCGGCGGCGGAGCUGCUGCGCUGCGUGCACGCCUAUGACGCGCGUGCGCAGUGGCAGGAGGCGGUGGAGGUGGAGGUGUGUCGUGCGGUGCUGGAGGAGGAGGGGGCGGUGUGCCGCUACUUCCACUCCGGCGUCACGCAGAUGUUGUACCCCGACGGGGCCGUCGUCACGCGGUACCCGGCGCCGGCGACCGCCGCGGUUGGCACACCGCCGGUCAUUUGUGAGACUCUGCUCAUGGCAACAGGCCUCUGCUACGUGCGACAGCUCUGUGAGGGCAACGCGAGUCCCUUUGUGCAGGUCGCAGGCAACACCCUGGAGACGCGUGUGGCGUAUGAUCGUGGCCACCACUGCCGCAUCGUCUCGCGGGCAGACGGCGUCAUGGUCGUGUACUACUACUACUACUUGUACCGCAACCCGGAUGAAGCAAAUGGACAGCAGCGGCAGAAGCAACAAGAGGGAGAAGGGGCAUCGGGAGGAGACGGACGGGGCGAGGGUAGACACCUGAACGCUGAUCACGCUGCCACACACCGACAGAAUCGUGCGGAGGGGGAGGAGGAGGAGGAGGACGGGUUUGCGUGGGGUGAGGGCGACCCUGCCCCGUGUGACACCGACGUCAUUGCCCGCGUCACCUUGCAUGCGGAUGGCACGUGCAUCACGACCUUCUCAGCUCGUGUGUCGCACGAGUCCUGCAGCAACCCCCCAGCGCCGCUGAAGACGUUGCUGGAGCAGGUGGGCGUCGUUGGCGCGGCGUGUGGGGCCACUGUACAGUACUGCGUAGAGGCCCCGUCGCUGCCGCGCGUCUUUGUGUGUGCCUCGGUGCGCGAUGAUGCCUGGACCGCCACCGAGGGCCCGCGCGAUGGCACGCUGCAAGGCACGGAUGCCCAAAAUGCCUUUACUGCAGCACUACAUGACCUGUUCUUCGACAAAUGCGACAACAUGCCGAAAUUUGCUACCUCGCCUUUGUCUCUCACGGAGCAUCCCUUUCCAUCACUCGCCGCCGGCACCAGGGAAAGCCCCGCCCGCCCCAUCACACGACGCAGGCCGUAUGACCGUUUUUACGUCGUCUUUGGCGACGGCUCCGUGCUGCGGCGGCGUGUGAUAUACCGCGGCAUGCGUGGGAACAGCAUUCCCUUUUUGGAGACCCUCUUCACACGCUCCACAGCAACCUCCGUCCGCGUGAUUCACGAGUCGGGGCUGGCCGUCGUGGAACCCGCCGAGGUCGUGCGCCGCAGCACGGGGGCGACCGCGUCGCUGGCGAUUGGCGAGGGGUUCGCCAUGUUCGACGUGGCGCAGGGUGGGCUGCGGCUGGUGGACCACCAACACUACUUGACGGAGGUGCAUGACUUGUACUCCCCGGGCCCUGUGCGGGCGGGCAUGAAGUCCGCCACGCUGGAGGGCCUCCUGCGCCAGCUUGUGCUGCCCACGUACACCCCGCACACCGUCACCAAAGCCCGCCAGGAGGCGAUGCGGCAGGAAGAGGUGACCGCAGACGCACGCACCCGGCGGAACCGUGCCACUGGCGUCUGUGCGGCGCUGACGACGCGGCUGCGGGAGCUUGCCGAAGGCUUCGUCAUCGCCCACAACCUUCUCCGCACCGACAUCCUCAACACCGCCAAGCGCCAGUGGGAGGCGGGAACUUUGGGAAUGACUGGAAAAAAGUAUGCAUGCGAGGCCGCGUCCGAGGCGUCGUGGGGCAAUUUACCCUCGGGCCUGUCAAAUGCAAGCUCCAAGGCGCUGAAAGCCCUCGUGUCCCCGGCGGCGCCGGCGAUCGUGGCUCCGCCCAUGGGCGUGCUGCCCAUUUUAUUUUCCGAGUUGGAGAACGAUAUUGUGGUGCAGCACCUUCACCCCCGCGAGGUGGAGGAGUACGUGCGCGCCAGAGAGGCAGAGCCGAUCCCCGUCUUUCUGGCGCAAAGCACCUCCGCCGGUGAACCCGACGUGCGGCAGUUGACGUUCUUCCGCUCAGAGGUGAAUGCGCGAACCGCAGAGGAGCCCGGACCAGUCGGGUCUGCGACGGCGGCGUUUUUUCUCUCGGGCCGCGUCUCAUCGGGUCAGCUGCACACCUCCAACGGGCUGAGGUUUGGGCAGAGCGACACGGUGGUGACGGGCUCCCUGCUGGGUGGGGCGGUGCAGCGGCAGGAGCGGCUGGCUCUCUUUUCGGGGCGGCGGCUGGCGUUUCCAACGACGCAGUGGUUCCCACAGACGCUGCAGCCCCCCCGCCGCCUUCUGAGACCGUGCCCCGACGCCCUGGGGAGCGGCGGGCGGACGGGGGGCGUGGUGCUGCUGGACGACGACGCCGCCGUCGCCGGCAACGGUGGCGGGGGGGCCGGACAGGCACUCUCCUCCUACGAGCGCCUGCGCAUCUUUUUCAAGUUCUCCGAGUUUGCGCCAACCACGCAGCAGGCCGUGCUGGCGGGCGAGGUGCGGCGGCGCGAGCAGCUGGUGUCCAUGCUGAUGUACCAUAAGGCGAUGAACGCGCUGACGCCGGAGAUGCCCUACGAGACCAGCGCGGAGCAGCGGCGCCUCCGUGAGAAGUACCUCGCCGCAACCACGUGA